AUGGCCACCCUUCAUCCCCCCACAGUCGACGGCCCCUCCCCGACGGCCGCAGCCCCUGAGCCACGCUCGGCAGAUCCCCCCGCCCCCGAUCAAAAUUGGCCCUCCGAUUCUGCCGAUCCCUCCGCACCCGCACCAACCGAUAAUUCUGAACAGGUAAAGGGCGAGGAUGAAAUCCUCUACGGGCAAUCAGCCCAAGCAUCCCAGUCUAACCACAUCCCCCAAUCGCAGCAUUCCGGCGAUCCUUCUCAACCCAAUCCUCAGCAACCAAGUGACCCCACUGCCCUCGCCGCCGCUGCCCUCUACCAACAGCAGCAGCAGCUCCAUUCCCAACAAUCGCAACCUUUCUCCCAGCAGCAGCAACAGCACUACAUGCAGCACCAGGAUCCUUCUGGUCAAGCACCCGCUCCUCCCAACCCCAACCAGGGCCCCGCUGGUCCCUCCUCAAACUCUGGCGCCGGCAGUAAGAUCUUUGUCGGCGGCUUGUCAUGGGAGACCGGAGAAGAGUCACUGCGUCGCUACUUCGAGCAAAUAGGCACCGUCACGGAUUGUGUCAUCAUGCGAGACCGUCACACUGGACAUCCGCGUGGCUUCGGCUUUGUCACUUUUGCCGAUGAUGAUGCUGCCGGUGCCGCAGCAAGCAGAAGGCACGAUCUUGAUGGUCGGCAAGUAGAAGCGAAACGCGCUGUUCCUCGCAACGAGGGCGCACAUCACACCACCAAGUGCAAAGUAUUCGUCGGAGGCCUGCCGUCUAGCUGCGGGCCAGACGAGUUUCGUGCCUACUUCUCGCAGUUCGGAGAGGUAGUUGAUGCCCAAGUCAUGAUUGAUCAUAAUACUGGUAACUCAAGGGGGUUCGGGUUUGUCACCUUCGGAAGUGAAGCCACCGUGAACUCUGUAGUAGGACCAGGAAAGUCAAACACUGAUCAUGAGAUCAUGGGCAAAUGCGUCGAAGUCAAGCGGGCCGAACCAAAGGGCGCGCCUAACGAUAGAAGAAAUAACCGAGAUAACUACAGCUCUGGGGGUGGGGGAGGAGGUAUGCGCGCAAGUGGUGGGAACGCAGAGGGAAUGUCAGGCAGCAAUGCAAACGGAGGUGGCACUAAUGCAGCUGCGGCUGCAGCCGCUGCCUAUUACAGCAACUAUCCCGCGUCGCUAGCUGAGCAGUAUGGCGCAUACUAUAAUAGUCCUCAAUGGCAGCAGUAUUACGCAGCCAUGGGUUACAACUUCAAUGCUUAUCCUCAAGGUUACAAUCCGUACCAGCAGUAUUUGCAAGCUUACAUGAAUAACGCCGCUAACGCCGCGAACGGUGGUUCAGGUGGUGGUACAAUGCCUUCUGGUGGAAGCGGGGAUGCAGCUGGUACUGGGGGAACUGGCGGUGGUGGUACAUCUGGAGGUACUAGUGGAUAUGACAAUAAUCAAGGUGGCGCAGGAAGAUACGGCGGUGGUGCUGGAGGGGACAUAGCAGGUAAUGCUCCUCAAAAUGGACACGGAUCAGGCGGUAAUAAUUCUGGUCCAGGACCGGGGUCGCGCAGGUCAUCGAGAAGAGACGACCGGUACCAUCCUUAUCGCUAA